AGUAAGAGAAAACCCAGUGAAAGUAAAAUGGUGGAACUUGAGAAAGGAAGUUGGCCUGUGGAUGCAGAAGUAAGCUUGUUUCAUGCUAUGAGGGGUCACAAGCCAGUUGGUGUUAACAAACAUUUUCAAAUGUUGUUCAUUCAUGAAAAGCUGAACAGCUCUUCCAGUAGAAAAAUUUCAUCAAAAGACAUCUGGGAUCACCUUAGUUCUAUGUACGACUUACAGGCACUGAAUGAAUCAGAAAUAAUACCAUUUCCAAACAAAGAGUCUGAUUUUGACCUGCCUGGAGAUGAUUUCAAGGUUAAAGACAGUUCCAGAGUCACCACAGAAUCCUCGCAAGAAGAGAAAUCCGAUUCAAAGUCUGAGUCAGGAACAAAACAUGGAAAAUCGGACAAAAAUGAAUCCAAGCAAAUUGAAAACAAACACACGAGCAAUGUACUUCAUGCCAACACACCAGAAAACUCCCCAAAGAGGAAACGAACGAGAAAUACUCCAUCAGCCAAUGCCAGUCCUGCUACUCCCGAUGUCCCGCCUCCAAAGCGAAGACGAUAACAAAUAACUGUGUUCUGACAAACGUGAAAGUGGCAGCUGAAAAGAUAGACUUAAUUUCAUUAGUUAGGGGUUAUAAUCUCUUAGCAUGAAGUUACAUGAAGUAUAUAAUUGUAGAGCUAACAGAGUUUCAAUGCAAUUUUCAUCUCCCAUUCCAGUUCACUAGAUGUCAAUUUAGGCUUUUUUAUCAUGAUUUUCUGUUUCUCUUUUUACUGAUAAUGAAAUUUUGCUUAU